UUACUUUUUGUUAGGAUUUGGCCUUAAAUUGAUAGAUUGACUUUUGCCUGGUAAUUGGUCUCACUUGUAGUUUGUGUACUAUUAUUUUUUCUAUAAAGUGCUCUUAUUUUACAUGCGUACGUUGUACGCUUCAAUAACAUUUUGUGCAUUUUCAAAAUAAUCAAUCACGACAGUUCAAGUGCUGUAAAAUAAUUUGAAAAUGACAGAGGAACGCCUCCAUAUAGAUUGGGGUAAUGAUAAGCUCCAUAGAACUCAAAAGCAGGUGGAGCGAAACCCAUAUGAUCUGGAAGCCUGGUCACUUCUACUCAGGGAGGCUCAAAAUAAACAUAUAUCGGAAGUCCGCUCUCUGUACGAACACCUGAUAACUAUUUUUCCCAGUGCUUCAAGAUAUUGGCGCAUCUACAUAGAACAUGAAAUGAAAUCAAGAAAUUUUGAGAAGGUUGAGAAGCUAUUUCAAAGAUGCUUAAUGAAGAUUCUGAAUAUCGAAUUGUGGAAGUUGUAUCUUACUUAUGUUAAAGAAACUAAAGCUUCUCUGCCAACGUACAAAGAAAAGAUGGCUCAGGCUUAUGAUUUUGCGCUAGAUCGUAUAGGAAUGGAUAUCCACUCCUACUCUAUAUGGAAUGAUUAUGUAAACUUUUUGAAAGGAGUGGAAGCUGUUGGUUCAUACGCAGAAAAUCAAAAAAUAUCAGCAGUUCGAAAAGUUUAUCAGAGAGGUAUAAUUACCCCAAUGACAGGCAUGGAGACGUUUUGGAAAGAUUAUAUUGCGUUUGAACAGAAUAUUAAUGCUAUUAUUGCUGAAAAAAUGAGCAUUGAACGAAGCAGGGAUUACAUGAAUGCUAGAAGGGUUGCGAAAGAACUUGAAGUACAGAUACGCGGUAUAAAUAGAAAUGCACCAAGUAUUCCUCCUGGUGGUGCUCAAGAAGAAAGAAAACAGGUCGAGCUUUGGCAAAAAUACAUUGCAUGGGAAAAAAGUAAUCCUUUGCGUACAGAAGACACAGCCUUGCUCACUAAAAGAGUAGUAUUUGCUCUUGAGCAGUGCUUAUUAUGUCUUGGACAUCACCCAGACAUAUGGUAUCAAGCUGCACAGUUCUUAGAAUACAGUUGCAAAAUUUUAGCUGAAAAGGGGGAUGUGAAUGCCUCAAAAUUGUUCAGUGAAGAGGCAGCUAAUAUGUUCGAAAGAGCCACCAGCACUUUAUUGAGUAAAAAUAUGCUGUUAUACUUUGCUUAUGCAGACUACGAGGAAGGAAGACUGAAAUAUGAAAAAGUACACCAAAUUUAUUCUAAAUAUUUGGAAAUCAAGGAUAUCGAUCCUACACUGGCAUACAUUCAGUACAUGAAGUUUGCAAGACGAGCAGAAGGAAUCAAAUCAGCCAGAGCAGUCUUUAAAAAGGCCAGAGAAGACAACCGUUCCAAAUACCAUUUGUUUGUCUGCGCCGCUCUUAUGGAGUACUACUGCAGUAAAGACAAAAACAUUGCUUUUAGGAUUUUCGAACUUGGACUGAAAAAAUUUGGAGCUAUUCCUGAGUACAUUACUUGCUACAUAGACUAUUUGUCUCACUUGAAUGAAGAUAACAAUACGAGGGUUUUGUUUGAAAGAGUUCUAUCAUCCGGAAGUUUAGAACCAGAAAAGUCUGUGGAUAUAUGGAAUAAAUUUUUGGAGUUUGAGUGUAAUAUUGGAGACUUGCAGUCAAUUGUGAAAGUAGAGAAGCGUCGUUCAGAAGUUUUGUCAAAGAUCAAAGAGUUUGAAGGAAAAGAAACUGCCCAACUUGUUGACAGAUACCGUUUCUUGGAUCUGUUUCCAUGUACUGCCCAAGAGUUGAAAAGUAUUGGGUACACUGAGGUUUUGAACAUUACAGGCGCCGGUAGGAAUCAUGUUCUGCAAUCAAUAAUAGAAAGUGAAACAGAAGCACCGUUACCUGUUCCAGACUACUCACAGAUGAUUCCUUACAAACCUAAAUCUAAUCCUUUGCCUGGCGAACAUCCAGUUCCAGGUGGUACUUUUCCUCUUCCACCUACAGCAGCUCAUUUAUGUACACUUCUACCCCCUCCAAACUGCUUCCGUGGUCCAUUUGUUCAUAUUGAUAUUCUCAUGGACAUUUUCAGUAGAAUUCAUCUGCCGGACACCUUUCCAGCACCUUCUGAGAGUGGUGGGGAUGUAAGGUUAUUUGAUCUAGCAAAAUCAGUUCACUGGAUUGUGGAAGAAGGUGGUGGAAUCGGUUUGAAGAGAAGGAAGAGAAUUGGGUUAGGCCUUGAUGGAUCUGAUGAUGAGGAUAUGACCUUACCCCCUUCAAAUGAUAUCUACAGGCAAAGACAGCAAAAGAGGGUCAAAUGAAGAGUGGUCAUUGGCCUUAUGAAGUUGUUAAUUAAAAUUAAUAAUCAGAAUAUAUUUGCAACAAGAGUAUGAAAUACUGAUUCUUGAACUUGGCAUAUUUUUGUAAAAAUACAAAACCUCAUAUUUUUCAAAAGACCAAGUUGAAGAAUCUUUAAUUUAGAGUUAUAUUUGAUUUCUCCAUUUUGUAAGUCUUUGCAAGUGAAUACAAUUUGUAAAAAUAUGGAAAUAAAAUUUUAUUGUGAUAUUUUUGGGGAUUCAUCCAAAUAACAUCGAAUAUUGUUUUUCUACUCAGAGUUGAUAAUUAGAAAAGCAUUUUUUCA